GCUGGCUUCUGUUAUCUUGAAGAGCUGCCCAGCCCCGCCACGCCUCACUGAUUUGUGUCUCUUCGUUCUGCCUAAGCUACUGGUCCAGCCAGCCGUCUCCAGUCCAACUAACUGCUUAGUUCGUGGAUCAUGUUGAAAAGGACGCCUGUAUCUGUAAGGCGCCCGACUGUCUGCGGCGUUGUGGCUGAGAAACUGACGCCCUCCGACUGCACGGUUAUUAUAGACGGCAUAGUUUCAUCCUGGACCUUGUGAGGAAAGCGGCGGUGUUGGAUUUAAAGGGGGUACAGCCGUCAAUCAAACGGAAGGAUUCGAACCAUUGUAACGGUGGACAGACAGUGUGUUGCUGUGUGUGUGUGUGUGUGCGUGUGGAGACAACCGGACCACCAGGUGUGUGUGUCCAGCCUACUAGCUGACUGUCAGGAUGAGGCCUGGUCAGCUGUAUGUUCUGGUUCCAGCCUCAGCUGCCCUCCUCCUCUUCCUCAUGGUCCUAUCAGAACCGUCUCAGACCAGCGCCUGCAACAAGGCCCUCUGCGCCUCGGAUGUCAGCAAGUGUCUCAUACAGGAGCUGUGUCAGUGUCGUCCGUCCGAUGGGAACUGUUCAUGCUGUAAAGAGUGUAUGCUCUGUCUGGGGACACUGUGGGAGGAAUGCUGUGACUGUGUCGGGAUGUGUAACCCUAAGAACUACAGCGAUACUCCAGCCACCUCUAAGAGCACAGUGGAGGAACUCCAUCGACCAAUCCCCUCGUUGUUCCGAGCCCUCACGGAGGGCGACGCCCCUAUCAACAUGAUGGUGGUGUCCUUCCCCGUUGCCGAGGAACUAUCUCACCACGAGAACCUGGUCUCCUUCUUGGAGACGCUUGACGACCAGCAUCAGAACAUGUCAAUCCCCGGCAACAGCAUUCACGCAAGAUACGACACUCAAGAUAACAUGUGUACGGUGGUCUACUUUGACGACUGCGUAUCCAUCCGCCAGUGUAAACUAUACUGUGAGUCGAUGGGAGGGUCGAAGUACCGCUGGUUCCACAACGCCUGCUGUCAGUGCAUCGGCCCGGAGUGUCUGGACUACGGCAGCAAGGCUGUGAAGUGCAUGAACUGUCUGUUCUGAAGACUGACGGUGGAUGGAUCUAUGAACUGUCUGUUCUGAAGACAGACGGUGGAUGGAUUGUGAACUGUCUGUUCUGAAGACUGACGGUGGAUGGAUCUAUGAACUGUCUGUUCUGAAGACAGACGGUGGAUGGAUCUAUGAACUGUCUGUUCUGAAGACAGACGGUGGAUGGAUCUAUGAACUGUCUGUUCUGAAGACUGACUGUGGAUGGAUCUAUGAACUGUCUGUUCUGAAGACAGAAAGUGGAUGGAUCUAUGAACUGUCUGUUCUGAAGACAGACGGUGGAUGGAUUGUGAACUGUCUGUUCUGAAGACAGACGGUGGAUGGAUCUAUGAACUGUCUGUUCUGAAGACAGACGGUGGAUGGAUCUAUGAACUGUCUGUUCUGAAGACAGACGGUGGAUGGAUCUAUGAACUGUCUGUUCUGAAGACAGACAACAUAUAUAUGGACCAAACCCAUGGGCGGCUCGAGGGAGGGGCUAGACGAUGUGGAAGCCUCCUCAACACCCCAUUAGGAACCUCCCCCAAUAUGUUUUAUUAAUAUAUGAAUGCAUUUACAGCACACAGAGCCUUCAGAAAGUAUUCAGACCCCUUGACUUUUUUCACAUUUUUUUUACGUUACAGCCUUAUUCUAAAAUGGAUUAAAUCAUUUUUCCCCCUCA